CUAAAAUUUUGAUAUAUUUGUAUUUCAUUUCAAUGAAUCGUGGAGUGCAAGUGUCUCAGAAAAGGCGGGCAUUUUUAAAAUCAUUAUAAGACAUUUGAAAGUAAGCGCGAUUUAAUUCUGGCAUCUUAGAAUCACAUCAGGAUAUUUCAGAUAAGCGAUAACGCGAACAGUAACCUCCUGGAAACGAUGGAGGUUACGAUGUUUUUAGGAUGACUAGUACUAGUGACAUGAACAGACUCCGUGUGAUGAGGUCAUCGUAUGGUUUUUUAGCCGCGCCGGCAGUCGCAACGCGGAGCGCCCGAACGCCGGCUGCUACGUAUAAUCCUGCGGUAGGGAUAUGCUUGCCAUGUGCCUAUUCACAACAUAUCGUUUCUCCGAUUGCGAGUGCAACGUGUCCUCCUUCAUCCUCGGUGUCACGAAACUGUCGUUCGAACGCGAACACAUUUACUUUCCUCUUAAUUCGUCCGCUUCGACUUACUUACUCUACGAUUGAUUACUUUUCAGGUAUGCGACGAACAAAAUAUUGCGGCGCAGGCGCGAACCACGGUACUGAAGUCGGCGAGUUUCAAAUGUCUUAUCGCAGAUUGCAAAGCGUGGUUCUCCAUGAAACGGUGCGCGUUAUAUCCACGAAAGCGUUAAUAUUAAUUCUCGCGUAUUGUUGGCGGAAUGCUACACAGAGUGUCAAAUUCAAGAUUGUUCACGAGAAUCGAUAACCAUUAUAUCGAUUAGAUCGUACACUCGAUAUAAGUAUGAAAUGAGAUUUUAAUAUCGAUAAAUCGAAUAAAGCGAAUAUUUUUGUUGUUAUUUUGUGACAUUUAUCCACAUAUUAUUUCGUUUCAAUUUCAUUGUGUUUAAAUGCUUAUUUAAAAUUAUAAAUAAUCAGUUGUUUUUAAAAACAGCCUGUGUUGCAUUUCGCAAGCGAUGUUUCCUUCGUUGGCAUAUCAUUAACACGAUUGAUUCCUCGAUUGUCGUUAAUCGCGUCAUUUUUCGUUGUCCUUCGCCGCUCGAACUGCAAAAACAGUGCGCGUACCCUCACUCGAAUUUGCGUGUUUCGAAAGACGCUCAAAUGUCUUUCAGUUAUCGCGCGCACAUGUACGAGGAUGCGUCGAGGCGACUCCUAGUUCCUUCGAGUUUAAAUUUUUAACUCGCUUUCGCGCGUGCCGCUGUGCCAACGCUGUGAACUUUUGUCGCGGCGAAAACUGGUGUUUUAUCGAGUGUUGUUCUGAGUAUUCCGACUAUCAAGAACUAUCGUGAGAUCGUCGACAACGAGAGGAAGUGGCUCGGACCGGAAAACCGACCGUGUCUGCAGAAAAUGAACGGCGUGCAACGAAUGCCCAGCGACGCGUUCGACGCCAAG